AUGAAAGACAUCGCUUCGCUUUCGGAUUCUGAACUACGUGAUGAACUCGUUAAAUACAAUGUUAGUGUGGGACCCAUUCUUGGAACAACACGUUCACUUUAUGAGAAGAAACUUUUCAAACUAAUAAAGGAGGGAUCAUCAAAAGAAAGACUUGAUCUAGGUUCUCGUGGUUUACUUGAUUUGGGAAACACGAUUGGUAACGAUGAUGAUGAUGACGAUGGUCAAGAGUCGAGUCGCUAUAUAUAUACCACUAGAACUGCAGGUCCUGAGAGACGGUCUCCGUUGCGCAAAGCUUGGGAUAACCUUCUUGGAUACGAUUUUAAAGCAGGAAAGGUGCCAGGGUCCCAGUAUGAGCUUCGUCACGGGUCAACUACAACUCGUGUUGAUCGAGAUCCUCGAACCGGAAGAAUUCGAGUGCAGCAACACAUUUUCAGCUUAUUCUUCUGCAAUAUUUCAACAAUACUGAUGAUGACUCUAACCGUAUUUUUUGUGCUAUUGGCUAUCGCCUAUGUUGCAACCACUAUUCACACCAUAUCAGGUGCCAUUCGAGACACUGUCCACUUUUUCUACACGUACGCAAUAGUACCAUGUCUAAUCAUCUUGGGAGUGUUUGCGCUUUAUUUUGGACAUAAAAAAUGGACUGAAAUGAAGGAAAGAGAUGAAGCAGCGUUUUAUGACCUUGUUGACAGAAUUCUUGAUAUUGUGCGUGAAUCAAGCGAGAACGGCGAGGAGUAUAUCUCAAUUCCUCAUGUCAGAGAUGUAAUGUUUCCGCCUGCAAAAAGACGCGGUGCAGAACUUGCUCGUUGGGAACGUGCUGUUGAUUUCAUUAAUGCUAACGAAUCACGCAUCGCAACAGAAACCCGUGUUCUUCGUGGUGGACAGGAAUGCGAUGUGUGGAGAUGGAUUCCAGCGAAACGUACCGGCUGGCAGGGAUCGGGUAGGCUCUAA